AUGGCACCAGCGGAACCGAACGCGCUGCCGUUCCAUGUAAAGGGCACAGAGCCUGACUUUCCCGAGGAGCGAGAAGGAUGGAAAGGGUAUAUCGAAUGGGAAAGGUAUCCAGAGAAAAAGAAGCAAGCUGCGGAGAUUCUUGCGCAAUAUGAUUUCCCUGUUCCACCAGAGUUUCAGAUGGUGCCCUUGCCAGACACGAAUCCUGUACUUGAGGGCGUGCGUUGGAAGUAUUAUCACUAUGCCCUGGGAAAAACGAUAAAAGAUCUGCCCCAAAUCUCCUGGGAUUAUGUCAAGAAGGAGAAAUCAGAAGAUAUGAUCCACGUUCUGCAAUUCCCCUACAACGGCGAGCCACCAAGAAGCGAAAUCACACCCAAUCCUGAUCAUUUUGUCCGCAACCAUGGUGGAAUCCCCGAAAUCGAUCCAUCAAAAUACUUCUUCGAGGUCGAAGGCCUCGUCAAUCGACCAGGCACCAAAAUCUCUCUCGCCAAACUGCAAGAUGAAUCUCUCUUCCCCCGCAUGGAAACGACCGUCACCCUCCAAUGCUCUGGCACCCGGCGCAUUGAGCAAAUCCACGACUACCCCGGCGACGGCGACGAACUCAUCAACGCCCCCUGGGGCGAAGGCGCAAUAGGAACCGCGCGCUAUGUCGGCGUGUCCCUGAAGAAAGUCCUCAAGUAUUGCGGCGGCGUUGCAGACGGAGGCAAACACGUCGAAUUCUUCGGCGCAGACACGUACUUCAAAAAGGGCCAAGUAUACAACUACGCCGUCAGCGUGCCGCUGCGCAAGGUCAAGGUUCACGAAGUCAUGCUGGCUUGGAGUAUGAAUGGGGAACCAUUGCCUGCCAUUCACGGCGCUCCGUUGCGCGUAGUCGUCAUGGGCUACAUUGGGGCGAGGAGCUGCAAGUGGCUUACGAGGAUCAAUGUCCUGUCUGACCCAUCGCUCGCUCCCGUCCAGAUGAAGGAGUACAUUUACUACACACCACAAAUGGGCAAACAAAAUGUGACGUACAGCAACGGCUUCAGUAUCCAGACGAUGCCUGUUUCCAGCGCCAUCAUGACGCCAGUGGACAAGGACGUCAUCGUCCACGACGGCAAGAUCAAACUCACGGGCUGGGCCUACAGUGGCAGUGGCUGGCCCGAACGCGUCGAAGUGAGUAAUGAUGGCGGGGGCGUCUGGUACGAAGUCCCGUAUCAGAAUAUGAGUACAAAGUAUUUCCAUGCGUGGAGGACAUGGUGGAUGGAGAUUCCGGUGGAUGCCGAGGGGUGGUUGGAGUUUUGUGUUCGAUGCUGGGAUGAUGCUUUGAAUGCCCUUACAUCCUUCCCUCAAACCCUUCCCGUCUCCUCCUCCCGUUACCCCCCUAUCAUUCCCACCACAUCACUAACUCAGUACAACAGACCCAACCCACCUUCGUCCGUAGCGCAUGGAACUGGGACCUCCACGUCACUUCAUCUUGCCACUCGAACAACACGGUGCUUCGAUGCUGCCGCUGACCCGGCCUUUGCCGUUUGA